UCUCACCCACCACCAUCUCACCAGCCACUUCACUGCCGACCAUCGCCUCUCAUGCUUCACCCCGAUAAAAACAAGUCUAUAGGGGAUGAUGGGGCAUUUAAGCUUAUUUCAAAGGCUUGGCGUUUGUUGUCUGAUAAAGCGAAGAGAUUAGCAUAUGAUCAGAAGAGGAAUGUUAAAGGUUUUCAGCAAAAAGUUCCACCUACAAGUGUGGGUCCAUCAGCACCACUCAGGUCAAAUGGGUUCGACAAUUUCACCAAAAGUAUAACUCCGUAUAUGAGGUUUCCGAAGGGUAAUACAACAAAGGCCACAGGCGAGUCUCAUGGUCCUCCUCCAUCUCAUAAGCAGAAACCCCGAACCUUCUGGACCGUGUGCCAUAGAUGUAAAAUGCAGUAUGAGUACCUCAGAAUGUAUCUUAAUCAUAAUCUUCUCUGUCCCAAUUGUCACGAACCAUUUUUCACAAUAGAAACUGCUCCACCGUCCUCAAUAGGUUAUAAAGCAUCCACCCAAUCAAACCAUUCCCAGCAGCAAUAGAACACAAAUCAUCCGGGAGCAAGCAAAAAUGUACAUAUUGCAGGAAGAAAAUGAAGGAGAGGAUGUGCACAGAAUGUGAG